AUGGAGCUGGAGCGGCCGGCGCCCGGCGAGGUGUGCAUGAGCCAGGCCAUCCAGCCCACGCACGCCAACCUCCGCGGAGAGCUGAGCGCCGCUCAGCUGCUCAAGUGGAUCGACGCUACCGCCUGCCUGGCGGCUGAAAAACAUGCUGGGGUUUCCUGUGUUACAGCCUCAGUGGAUGACAUACAAUUUGAGGAGACAGCUAGAGUUGGACAAGUUAUAACCAUCAAAGCGAAAGUUACUAGAGCGUUCAGCACAAGCAUGGAGAUCAGCAUCAAGGUCACAGUACAGGACAUGUUCACUGGCAUUGAGAAACUUGUUAGUGUGGCUUUCUCUACAUUUGUAGCCAAACCAGUUGGAAAAGAAAAGAUUCAUUUAAAACCAGUCACACUUCUAACUGAACAAGAUCAUGUGGAACAUAAUCUGGCUUCUGAGAGAAGGAAAGUUCGAUUACAACAUGAAGAUACUUUUAAAAACUUGAUGAAGGAAAGUGGCAAGUUUGAUGAUCCCACUUGUGAUGAAGAAGAAGGAACGGUUUCCACGAGGGGCACCUCUGUGCAGAGCAUUGAACUUGUCCUCCCACCCCAUGCAAACCAUCAUGGAAACACAUUUGGUGGCCAGAUCAUGGCUUGGAUGGAGAUGGUGGCUACUAUUUCUGCAAGCCGCCUGUGUCGAGCGCAUCCCCUUCUGAAGUCCGUGGACAUGUUUAAGUUCCGGGGACCAUCUACAGUUGGAGAUCGUCUUGUCUUCAAUGCCAUUGUCAACAAUACAUUUCAGACCUGUGUCGAAGUGGGAGUGCGCGUGGAGGCCUUUGACUGCCAGGAGUGGUCUGGGGGCCAGGGCCGUCAUAUCAACAGUGCUUUUCUCAUUUAUAAUGCUGUCAAUGAUAAGGAAGAACUGAUCACAUUUCCCAGAAUCAAACCGAUGUCAAAGGAUGAUUUUAGACGGUAUCGUGGAGCUCUUGCACGCAAGAGAAUUCGCCUAGGCAGAGAAUACAUUAUUUCCCACAAAGGAGAGGUUCCACUUUGCAUACACUGGGAUACUGGCAACCAGGUAUCCUUGAGUAAUGGCAAUGUGGAGGCUCUCAAAAGCCUGGCGGCCAAAAGUGGUUGGGAGAUUACCAGUGCUGUGGAAAAGAUAAAAAUAUAUACUCUGGAAGAGCACAAUAUUUUAUCUGUUUGUGUUGAAAAGCAUGUGGAAAGACCAGCACACUUGGCUUAUCAUCUCUUGUCCGACUUUACCAAGCGACCUUUGUGGGACCCCCAUUAUAUGUCCUGUGAAGUCAUAGACUGGGUAAGUGAAGAUGAUCAGAUAUAUUAUAUCACUUGUCCUGUGGUGAAUGAUGACAAACCCAAAGACUUGGUAGUACUUGUUUCACGGAGAAGGCCUCUCAAAGAUGGUCACACUUACACGGUGGCAGUGAGGUCAGUUAUUCUGCCAUCAGUCCCACCUUCUCCACAGUACGUCAGAAGUGAAAUCAUAAGUGCCGGAUUUCUCAUCCGUGCUAUUGACAGCAGUUCAUGUACCGUAUCUUACUUUAACCAGAUUUCUGCUAGCAUCCUUCCUUACUUUGCUGGAAAUCUUGGUGGCUGGUCAAAAUCCAUUGAAGAGACAGCAGCCUCCUGUAUACAAUUCAUAGAGAACACUACUGAUGAUGGGUUGAUAAGCAUAUUUUAA